GUUUUGCUUAUCUCUCUAUCCAUUAACAAUUAAACCGAUCCGGUAAAAAGAUAUAAAUCAAAAAAAACAGAAAAAGCCAAUUCAAGAAAACAAAAAAACUUUACUAUUCAUAAUAAUAAUAGUAAUAAUAAUAAUAAUAAUAAUAAUAAUAAUAAUAAUAAUAAUACUUAACAAUACUUAAUAAUGUCUGCAUCCGACAGCUCUGCUAAAGAUGUUGAAAAACAACAACAGGUUUUUGAACUUGAUUCCUCUACUUCUAGAAUUGGGGGCUUUCAAGAAGCCGGUGUUAAAAGAGGUUUAAAGUCCCGUCAUGUUCAGCUUAUCGCCUUGGGUGGAUGCAUUGGUACUGGUUUAUUUGUUGGUUCUGGGUCUGCUCUAGCCACCUGUGGCCCAGCAGCUCUUUUGACUGGUUAUUUGAUUUUGGCCUUCGUUAUUUAUGCUGUCAUGAAUGCUUUGGGUGAGAUGACUUGUUUCAUGUGUAUUAAAGGUACUUCGGUUUCUCAAUUUGUGACUAGAUAUGUCGAUGAAUCUUUAGGUUUUGCAACCGGUUACUGUUAUGUAUAUUCUUUUGCAAUUCUUGUUGGUACAGAAGUUACUGCUGCAGCUAUUGUUAUUGAGUAUUGGACACAAAAAGUCAAUGUAGCAGUUUGGAUCACAAUUCUUCUAGUGGUUAUUAUUGGUUUGAAUUUCUGUGCUGUUCAAUAUUAUGGUGAAACUGAAUUUUGGUUUGCAUCUUUGAAAAUCAUUUGUAUUAUUGGUUUACUUUUCUGUGGUGUUGUUAUUUUCUUCGGCGGUGGUCCAGCUCAAGACGGUAUUUUAGGUUUCCAUUACUGGAACCAUCCUGGUGCAUUUGUUGAACACUUGACUACUGGUGAAACUGGUAAAUUCUGUGCUGUCUGGACUUCUAUUAUCAAAUCAGGUUUUGCCUUCAUUUUAGGUCCAGAAUUAAUUACAACUGCUGCUGGUGAAACUGAAUCUCCAAGAAGAAAUCUUGCAAAGGCUACGAAAAGAUUUGUUUACAGAAUUAUUUUCUUCUACGUCUGUGGUUCUAUCGUCAUUGGUGUUAUUGUUGCCUCAGACAAUGACAGAUUAAUGAGUGCUGUAAGUGAAGGUGCUAGUGGUGCAGCUGCAUCUCCUUUCGUUAUUGGUAUUCAAAAUGCAGGUAUUAAAGUUCUUAACCAUAUCAUCAAUGCUGUCAUUUUAUCUUCUGCCUGGUCUUCUGGUAAUUCCUAUUUAUAUGCUGCUUCUAGAAGUUUGAUGGGUCUUGCUAACACUGGAUAUGCUCCAAAGAUCUUUGGCAAAUGUAACAAACAAGGUGUUCCAUACUACUCGGUUGGUGCUGGUGCUCUUAUUGCUUGUUUAGCUUACUUAAAUGUUUCCUCAUCAUCUUCUGAUGUUUUUACCUGGUUAUCUAACAUUUGUACCAUUUCUGGUUUCAUUGGUUGGAUCGUUAUUGGUAUUACUUAUUUAAGAUGGAGAGCAGCUAUGGAUUACAACAACUUGUGGGAUAGAUGUACUUUUAUCACUCCAUUCCAACCAUACUCAACCUACUUUUUCAUUAUCUUCAUUUCAAUUGUUACAAUUACAAAUGGUUACGCUGUUUUCUUUGAUUUCAAUGGCCCAGAUUUUGUUGCUGCUUAUAUUACUCUUCCAAUUUUCUUUGCUCUUUAUUUCGGACACAAAAUAUACGCAAAGACUAGAUGGUAUAUUCCAGUUGAAGAAAUUGAUGUAAUCAGUGGUUUAGAUAAAAUUGAAGAAGAAGCUGCUACUUAUCCAAAAAUUGUUCCAAAAAACUUCUUGCAAAAAAUAUGGUUCUGGAUUGUUUAGGUUCAUCAAACCAUCCACUCUUUUUUAUUCUUUUUUUUUUAUCAGCAUUUCUCUUUAAUUCUCUUUGAAAAUGUUAAACUUUUCAUUCAUUCUGUUUUGAGUUUAAUUUACUUAAGAUAAAGAAUCUUUCCCAUUUUUUUAUUGUUUUAUUUUUUUAUUUUUUUAUACUGUUUUAUAUCAUUUUAAUUAUACCAUGUAUUACGC